AUGCACAGUAACGAAUUUAUUCUCAUUUCGAAACGUCAUUUUCUUCCUGCCGGUACCUCAUAUUCAACUCAAGAACAUCGUGAUUUGAAUUAUGUAAACUUUACAUAUUGUGCUAUGCACAUGCUCUGGGAAAAAGAUGAUUCCGCAUUAUUAGAUUUAUCGGAACUGGAAGACUGGUACGAAUUUAACAUAUGGAGCAAGAUUACAUUAUUUAGAAAUCGAUCUAGUUCGUGGGGAAGAAGGGUACGUCUACCACUCUAUGCGUCGCAAGUUUUACCAAAAAAUGUGGUUGACAUUUCGUUGCAACAAACUCUGAUAUCUGCUACGUUAGACAUCACGUUGUUCGACUCCCCAAUAACAAUCACUUUACCACCCACACCAUUUAUUAACGUAAACCAACAAUCAGAAGCAGUUCUUACGAUUGAAAGUGAAGAAUUUACAGGUGAUACAUUGACUCAAGUAUCUAAUGAUCUUGUGACUCUGCUUCUCUCACCACUUUAUUCCCCUUCUUUAUCCAUUCAACAUGAGUCUCAACCAAUCGGCCCGGCAGACCUGCCCGAAUCUCAUUGCCGUCAACCUCGACUUGAGAUUUUUUCAUUAGCCCAGCAAAAACUUUUUUUGAGACGUCGGCGAUCUUGGUCUUCAAAUAAUGGUACAAAUGAAUAUCCAAUAACCAAAAAAAAAAUGUUUGCAUUCAUCCCAAUCGAAUCCAACCACGACGACCUUGUUUUUCAGAUCCCAUUCAACAACAGUGAAAACUAUUACCACUGUCCAACAACUAGCAUGCAUUGUCACCCGCACGCUUACUUUAAUCGUGUUCCAACGCAUCGACAUGAAUCUUAUGCAAAUAACCUAGAAAAUAUAAUUUCGGAAUUAAAGCAUCUCGAACGAAAAAGAGCUGAAGAGAAAACGCUCUAUGAAAAACGCCAACGUAUUUAUGCUGAGCGUGAAAAAGAGAUACGUCAACGCGCAUAUCGACAAUGGAUUCUUGAUCAACAAGUAAAACAAGAAGCAUUGAAACACAUUUUUGAGUUGAGAGCAGCUACUGCGGCAUCAAAUGAGGAUCCAAAUGUUUAUAAUCAUUCGUGCUCUCAUUCUUGCCGAAAACAACAGUCAAGGAAACAAAUAAUUUCGAAACAAGAAGCAGCGAAAAGAAUUAUUUUAUUUAUUCGUCGUCGCAUAGAAAAUCAAACCACCCUUCUUAUAAUUAAUAAACUAAGACAACUUCGAUCCAUUGAGCAGCAUUUGUUUUCACUUUUCCCGAAAUCCGGAUUCAAUCCACAUUUAACGUUCGUGACCGAGAAUGCAAAACAAAUAUUACCAAUCACCGCAAAUAAUCGUGCGUUCCUCCUCAAGGAAGAAUCUAUUCUCAAAACCUUAGAUUCGUUGGAUCGUAUUGAAAGUAACGGAAUCGAGAGUAUUCGUGAAAGAAGAAAACAAAUUGUUAGAGUUGCACAGAGAAUGUUGGAAGUGUUGGACAAUAUCAAGAAUAAACAAUGGAAAGAAUUUGGUGAAAAUGAAGAUAAACAAGAAGGAUCGGAAAAGGUGGAAACUAAUAAUACCGAAAGAGAAGAUAAUAAGCCAGAAGUUAUACGGAUAAACAAUAAUGAUGACUCUGAAAAAUCAACUUCUCAAGAACAUGAAGGAAAAUUUAAUUUGGAUGAAAUCGUAGAAUCAAAUAUCGAAAUAAUUACACCUUUUAUCAUAUCUGAUUCUAUUGACAAAAAUUCAAAUAGUGAAUUGGACGAAAACAAUAUUUUAAAUAAAUCUACAUCAGUUUCUUCCAAAAACACCGAAACCACAUCCAAUGUAAUCGAUAAUGUUGAUGAUAGUACAGCAAUAUCAAAUAAAGAUAGCCAGGAAACAACUAUCGCCGAAAACGAAGACGCCAUCUCUUCGGGAUCCGUUGCAGCAAAAGAAAUUGUUAAUUUAGUCAAUAAAAAUAAUAUUGAAUUAGAAAACUCUGAGGAAUUUAUAGUAGUGUGA